AUGUAUCAAACACACACUUUAAAUCAAUCAAUACUCACUACAGAACUAUGGAACCAAAAUAUCAAUAACUGGGGAUACGGUGAAGGUGGUUCGGGAUCAACAUUCCAUCCUAUUGCCAUUCACAUUGCAUUCAUUUGUACGAUCAUCAGCACCUGCAUCUCAUUCACAGCAGUUUGGUUCCAUUGGAAGAAUUACAGACAGCCGAGUCUACAACGACAAGUAAUUCGUAUUCUAUUAAUGGUUCCUGUGUAUGGAAUCAGUACGUGUAUUUCAUUAGUCUCCCUCAACACAGCAUUCUAUGUCGACACCUUUCGGGACAUUUAUGAAGCAUUUGUUCUCUAUGCCUUCUUCAAUCUCUUACUAAGCAAGUUUGGUGGAGAGAGAGCUCUUUUUGCCAAACUCCAUUCACGUCCGCCUUCUAAAAACGUCUUUCCUGGUUCACUUUGGUCCCGAGAAAUAUUCGUUGGAGAUCCUUACACAUUCUUAUUCGUCAAACGCAGUAUUCUUCAAUUUGUCUAUCUCAAACCAAUAUUGGCCAUCCUAACCAUGAUCCUUAAAGCCACAGGUAACUUUACCGAAGGCGAAGUGAGCUGGUCAAGUUCCUACUUUUAUAUUACCUUUAUCUACAAUCUCAGUGUCUGUCAAAGCCUCUGGUCUCUUCUUGUAUUCUUCUACGCUACCAAAGAAGAUUUGGUCGGAUUUCGUCCUUUUUCAAAGUUCCUCUGUGUGAAAUCCAUCAUCUUCUUUUCUUUUUGGCAAAGUGUGGUAAUCACAUUUCUAGUGUCUAUAGGUGUCAUUAAAGACUCUGGUCCAGGACAUAUUUCCGUCGCUAUCCAAGACAUUUUAAUCUGUGUAGAAAUGGUACCAGCUGCUAUUGGCCAUUUUUACUCUUUUACAUAUAAAGAAUAUUUAAAUCCAGAUGUACAUACCGCACGAAUGCCAUUACGCGUGGCAAUAAGAGACUCUAUUGGCCUUAAAGAUGUAUUGAUGGAUUCUAGAGAUACAUUCUACGGAGAUCGAUUCUGUUAUCGAGCUUUUGAGCCAGCCGUCGGAUUACCUCCAAGUGGCCCCACUCGGGACUCACGGCUCAUGGCCGGACUCCGUUAUUCAGCCAGCUCGGCAAAGAAAUACUGGGUGAAGCCAGUACAGCCAUCAAUGUACAUAAGUACGCCAAAGAGAGGUGUUAAUGACGAACAGAUGCUUGAAGAUGAAGAAAACGAGGAAGCGUUGAGAUUUGACGAUCCAAGUGCCUCAGAAGAUGUAGAGGAGCUAUAUGAACAGAGCAAGAAGCUUCCAUUUGGAGAUUCAAAUUAUCCAGUUAUUGACUUUUGUAUCCCCUUAUCCCAUCAAGAAAGAAGAGGGUUUGGCUAUGGAAGUAUUGGAGCGAUAUCCGGGAAAAUCCAGCAACACAUCAUAGGCAGCACAGAGCGUACUCAAUCAACCGACAAUGAGGCAGAAGAGAGUGAUAGCGACGAAAUAUUACCAAGAGAAGGGUGUAUUGAUGUGGUUGUAAAAGGAGAAGAUGAAUAUGUUGCACAGGAAGCUUUGGAACCUGGAUCAAAUAAUCUGCAGUCUCCCACCGUAGAGCACACUUUUGUCCUUGCUUCGGAAUCAGGCGAAGUGGAAAUUACUACAGAACCAAAUACAUUGAUUUCGCCAACCUCGUCUAUUUCUGAAACAAGUAUAAACAAGAAUGGGCAAACUAGUAUAAUCAAAUAACCCAGAUUUCCUUUUGGAAGCAGACUGUCUACAGGACAGAGAUUUAUACACACAUGCACAUGUUUAUGUAUGUAUGUAUAUUGUAAAUAGAAAUAUUAAUGUUUCUUUUAAUUUACUUUUUAUUUUUCCUCUUCUUUCAUAUCGUAUUGUAUUAUAUUUUAUUUUAUAUAUAAAUGUAUGUAAUGUAU